AUGAAUAAAUGGUUUCUUGUUUUUCAUAAUCAAGAAUUAGAAGAUCAAUUUUAAUAAGGAUUAAAGCAUUAAAUAAGGAAAUAAGUUUUUGUUGGUACAUUGAUUGGAUUAGUUAUAAUAGUUGGAUAUGAUCUAAUAGCUUAAAUCCAAUCAAAAGAUUACUAUCAUUUUAUAUUUAAUCUAAUCUUUUUGGGAAUAGCAUUAAUCUUAACUUUAGUUAUUUGGAAAAAGCAAUACUUAAUAAAAUAUGCACUAAUUAUAAUAAAUUUAGUUAUAGCUUCAGUCUAAUUUUAAUUAAACCCAUCUAUAGAAUAGUAAUACAAUUAUAUUUUUGGAUAAUCCAUUAUGGCAUCUCAUGUAAUAAUUAUAACAACAGCAGAUUUUAAAUAAUCUAUUUUUUAAAUAUUUGGCCUUGCUUUGAUUAGAAGUCUAAUUAUGUAUCUAAAAACAACUAAAAUUGAUCUAUAAAUGUAUUUUUAUAUCAUAAUAAUUAUGGUAUUUUAGAUUUAUGUUUAGUAUAUAACAGAUUUAGCACAAAGAAAAUAAUUUUUAUUAACUAUAAAAGAAAAUCACUGGGGUAUUUAUUUUAGUUUAUAUUUAGAAAACUUUUUUCCAAAUUUAAUUAGAAAACCUUACUACUUUUUUAAUUUUAAAGACAACAUUUUUUAAUUAACUCUAAAAAAUGAAAAUCUUCAAUUUCAAAAAGUCAAAAAUGAUUUAUGUGAUGGAUGUAAUUUAAGAGAAUUACUCAGAAGUUGUAAAUUAAAUACUAUUUCUCUUGAAAAUUUAAUAUUAAAGAAUAAUUGUUGUUCAAAUCUUGA